AUGGGACCUGCUGACAGCUUUUCUCCAUUUCAUACAGAAAAGAGAACUAUUCCUGCUAACACCUAUCAUUCUAGCGAAUACUUGACCAUGAAGGGCAAGAGUGAUGUACAGUUUUCCUCCGAGCUAUCUGAGGAGGAAGACAAUAUGUACGAGACUGUAAGUUCUUCAGUGCUGGAGGCCAUGCAUUCUUUGAGAAUCCUGCCUGCCAAACCUCUACAAGAAUCUGAAUAUGCAGACACACGUUGCUUAAGGCCUUCAGGUACCACUUCCCCAACGAGCGAGAACCCAUGUCAGCCCCUUCAAUACUCAGCCAUUCACACAUUUGAUCCGGCGUUGAGAACAGUGCCAAAUAUAAGAGGAGGAAGAAUGAAAGUACAUGGGUACCAGGAGCCUACACCUCCCCCACGGCCUCUGAAGAUGCUGCCAAAGCAGUAUCAGCCCCUUCCUGCAGAGCCAAGAAUAAGCAGCCAGGUCUUUCACAAGAGGAACAUGCUCAGUCGAGAUCCCACAUUUCCAAUAUCAGCAAAUGUCACAAGACAGUCAUCUGUUAAGGAAUCAAAUAAAGCACCUGGAAGAGAACAAGUUACAAGUUUGAGGAAGAAACCUGAAGUACCUUUUCAAGCACAACAGCAUCCUCCUGAAGCCAGCCCUCAGUGUACACGGAGAUCUAAAAACAUUUGUAGAUCAGGUUCCACAUUAAGUGAAGAUCAUUUGACAGUGAAGAAGCCACCACCUCCUACAUCAUAUGCAACAUGCAAAAAUAAAUCAAAACAUUUGCUUGUAGAACAGGAAAUGCAAUCUCUUCCCAAACCCACUGAAAAGGAUUUAAACAAAUGUGAGUGGUAUGUUGGAGAAUAUGAUCGUCAUAAAGCAGAGAAGAUACUGUUACAGAAAAACACUGAUGAGACAUUCUUGGUUAGAGAUUGUUCAAAGAAAUCAAAGGCUGAACCAUACGUUUUGGUUGUUUAUUAUGGAAGAAGAGUAUACAACAUUAAAGUACGAUUCCUGGAAGAAAGCCAACAAUAUGCCUUGGGAACAGGGCUCAGAGGAGAGUGUAAAUUUAAUUCAGUGGAAGAGAUCAUUGACUUCUACAAAUCCGUUCCCAUAACGCUCAUUGAUGGAAAGGAUCAGUCAGGAAACCAGAGAGAACAAUGCUACCUCACACAUCCAUUCAAAUCAUGCUGACGUUUUCUGCCUUAUUGUCACUGAUUCAUCCGUACAGAUAUAAAUAGAACACUUACUGAAAUGUCUCAAAAGUCAGAUUUGCCUUUUGAGCAAGGAGUUCCCCAUAAUAUAAUGAAGCAUUACAGAUCUACUCCAUUUUUUGACUGUUGCAUUUUCACUUUGAGGAUACAAGUAAAGAAUACGUCAACAUAUUAAUUCACAGGAAGGUGUUGAGACCAACUCCUGACACCUUGACAAUGACUGACCAAUUUGCUUAUCUUGCACCCUAUCUUCUAACUUCAGAUGAAAAUGAAACUUGCCUUUGCUUACUUAAAUGUCACUGAAACUCCGCUAAGUAGCAAAACCUAAUAAAGUA